CUAAUAAAUCUUUUCCUACUUUGUUUAAAACUUAUCCAAAAAUCAAAAUCCCCCCAAUAAAAGAAAAGCCCCCAUUAUUAUGAAAUAAGGCAUCUUUUACUUGUCUUGUUAAACCUUAACACCAAGAAUCUUGCAUUUAUCACAAUUCACAUUUUUCUUGUUCUUAGUAUAAUGCCAUUAACUGUUUCCACGUAAAAAUUAAACUGGGUCGAUCUUAUUUUAGUUCAAAGAUCCGUUCUCAAAAUGGGGUUUCUUCAGAGUAGUUGUACUAACUCUGUGGAACCUUUUUACAGCUCAAAGACUCAACCUUUAGCCAGUACUGAUACUGAUAAUAACUAUUGUGGGUAUGAUGAAUUAAAAAUCAAAUCUUUAAUUUACAGAAUGAUUUGGGAUUUUGGGUUGGCCUGUUUUAUUCCGACUUGUCGGCGGCGAACUUCCGGCGAGGAUAACGGUGAUAAGGAUAAAGCUGUUGUUAGCAGCAGUUUGGAGCAUAAUAAAGCUUGGUUACUUGCUGAGUCAGGAGCUUGUGGUACUGAGUUAUUUAAUGCUGAGCCACAUUCACUUCACUCCUCUUUUAGGUUCAGUUUUUGCUCUCAGGUUGAGCUUGAGUCUAUGAAUAUGAAUAGAUGUUCCUCUGCUACUGUUUUGAUGGUGAAUUUGGAUAAUGGGUUGACUGAUCCACUGUCCAGAGAGCUAAAAUGGAGGAAAAUUCAAUCACUUGAGAGAAGUAUUUCUCCUGUGACUCAUUCUUUGAUUAGGUUCACCUAUGCUGAGAUUGCUUCUGCUACUCGCUAUUUUUCUAAAGGUAGAGUUUUGGGAAGAGGAGCAUUGAGUUAUGUAUUCAGAGGAAGAGUGGGAUUUAUGAGGACUAGUGUUGCUAUUAAGAGGUUAGAUAGGGAAGAUAAGGAAUCUCCAAAGGCAUUCUGUAGGGAAUUGAUGAUUGCUAGUUCUCUUCAUAACCCAUACAUUGUUCCUUUGGUUGGAUUUUGCAUUGAUCCAGAGGAGGGUUUCUUUUUGGUCUACAAGUAUGUAUCUGGUGGAAGUUUAGAGCGGUAUUUACAUGAGAAGAAGAGGGGAGUGAAAGGCGGUCCAGCACUUCCAUGGUCUACGCGGUAUAAGGUGGCCGUAGGCAUAGCAGAGUCAAUAGGGUAUUUGCAUUAUGGAACUGAGAGGUGUGUUGUUCAUAGGGACAUUAAGCCCUCCAACAUUCUUCUAUCAUCCAAGAAAAUACCCAAGUUGUGUGACUUUGGCUUAGCUACAUGGACUCCUUCACCUUCGGUACCUUUCCUUUGUAAAACAGUUAAAGGAACAUUCGGGUAUUUAGCUCCCGAAUAUUUUCAGCACGGUAAAAUAUCAGAUAAAACUGAUGUCUAUGCCUUUGGAGUUGUCCUCCUGGAGCUACUAACUGGAAGGAAGCCAAUUGAAGCGAAAAGAGGACCAGGAGAAGAAAACUUGGUGUUGUGGGCAAAGCCUCUAAUGCAGCAAGGAGCUCUUGAAAAGUUUCUUGAUCCAAGACUCAAAUUCCCUCAGAAGAAUCUACAACAAAUAGCUCGGAUGACACAAGCAGCAGCUGCAUGCAUACACAAUGAAGAGUCUCGAAGGUCCAAUAUGGACGAGAUCAUUGCCAUAUUGAGAGGCACAGAACCUCGUUCCACGACCAGAAAGAAGUCUAUUUCACGCAGUAAUAGUUGUAUGAUUGAGUGUUAUCCCCAAUUGCAACGGACAAAAAGUGAAAUGAAGAGUCACUUGGCCUUGGCAAUGUUAGGAGUUCCUGACUUCGAGGAUGAUGAUUUUUAUUGUCGUUGACAUGAAAACAAUGAAUUUGAUUUUUUCUUUUUCCUCACCCCAUUCUACUUGAAAUGGGAUAUUAUAGUGUGACAACUGAUAAGGCUAAGCUCAUUUAACUUGUAGAUAGAGAAGUGGUGGUCUGAUUGAAGAAUACACUGUUUGUAUAUAUUUGUCCCUGAUUUUGGUGGGAAAAAUAUGGCAGGUUCUGUUUUGUAUGAUCUCAUAAAGAAGGUUGUGAAUUGUUUUCUGGCAUGAUUUUACUUCUUUCCAUGAGUGUAAGUUAAGACUUUCAUUGGUUAUUUAAAUGUACUGUGUUUUAGCUA